AGUAGAAGUCCGUGUGCACGGAAGAAAAGGGCUCCUAUCUGGUAUCGCAGGAUGCAUUCGACUGUCUUUUAUCUUUGGCCUCCUUCAGUCUGGAGCAGCUACCCAGUGUUCCUUGACUCUGAUGACUGACAUUUUUCAAGAUUCCUGGCCGGUUGUUUGUAGAUUUGGCUUUGGGGUUGUCUAAGAUAUCUUAGCUGCUAGACUCCUAUGGACAGAGUUGGUGCUGACCACAUUCAGAGGCUGGGCGUGUGUCUUGGGUGACUGAGGAGGACCAGCGACCAGCCACACCAGCCUCCAGACACACUCCCACGCCUAGCUAGGCCAGACCCUUUCUGUGGUUGCCACCCCUCUGGGGUUUUGCACUCAUCUCACUGAGGUCUCUGGCUUUCCUGUAGCAUCCAUCCCAGAGCCAUGGUCCAUGCCUUCCUCAUCCACACCUUGCGGGCCACGAAGGCUGAGGAGGGCCUUUGCCGAGUGCUUUACUCCUGCUUCUUUGGUACCGAGAAUUCACCCAAUGACGCACAGCCAGAUGGUGCUGAGAGGGACAGGCUUCUCCGAAAGGAGCAGAUUUUGGCCGUGGCCAGGCAGGUGGAGUCCAUGUGCCAGCUGCAGCUGCAGGCAUGUGGCCGGCCUGCUGUGGACCUGCAGCCCCAGUCCUCAGAUGACCCAGUGCACCUGCGUGAGUCCCCAUGUGGGGCCUUCCGCCUGACAGCAGGGGACCCUUUCCAGGAGCCUCGGACAGUGGUGUGGCUAGGCGUGCUCUCAUUAGGCUUCGCCCUGGUGCUGAAUGCCCACGAGAACCUGCUGCUGGCAGAGGGCACGCUUCGACUGCUGGCCCGCCUUCUCCUUGAGCACCUCCGGCUGCUGGUCCCCACUUCCAGCCUCCUGCUGCGGGCUGACUACAUCGAGGGCAUCCUCACCCGCUUCCUGCCCCAUGGUCAGCUGCUCUUCCUCAAUGACCAGUUUGUCCAGGGUCUGGAGAAAGAAUUCAGUGCUGCCUGGCCCCGCUGACCCCUCAAUGGGAUGGGACUCCCUAAGAGGGCAAGGAGGGAGGAUGGGGAUGGACAGAUAUACAGCCAGGUAAAAUUUGGCAUCUGCCUCCUUCCCAGCCUCCUCCCAGCUCUGGUGUGCUGCCACACCCAGGACAAAUGGUUGGGACAAGCUGGCAGAAAAGGGGGCCGGGGAGAGGGUAGAGAGGAGGAAUCACAGAGCUUCCUAUGCCUGGAGUGACCUCGUGACUUAUUCAGACUGCUGCAGCGGGCCAGCCCCGCUUGUCCUUGACCCCACUUUCUCCCAUCCCUGCCAGCCAGCCCCAAACAGUCCACCAGCCACUAGUGCUGGGGCAGUAGGAACGGCCGCUUGGAACUCAGCCCACUUUCUUCCAAACCCAUAGUCAUCGCAGUGCAAAAGCAGUCUCUGAGAUUUCGAGGGUCAGGGAGCUGGCUUCUGCCUUUGCACCUACUUAGGCGCCAUCAUCAAGGAUUUUGUUAGCGAGGGCCUGCUCAGUGUCCAGCCCCACCACAGUUCACAAAGGUGUGAGUUGUUCAGCAGAGAGGCUCCAUAGCUCCUUUUGGUCCCAGCCCAUGCCCACUGGCAGCCAUGAGAUAAUCAUGGGCUUACUUUGUCUGCAGGGAGAGAGGGUGGUGGUGGGUGAGAGAGGUCUGAUGUUGUCCUUCUCAGUUUGAAUUAAAAGCACUGAGUGUGUGAUUUCA